CUGUUCGCGUAGAGCGGGCUCGGACAGAACAGGGCGGGGUGAUGUUCAGGUUCCGGUAUAAAGGCAGCGAGAAAAUGGGAGCCAGACGAGACGUGGAGCCCGCCGCCGACGCUCUUGUUGUGUAUUGGAGACUAGAAUGAGAAGUGGUCCGUCCUGGUUGAACAGGGCGGCGGUGUAACCGUCUGAGGAGGCCGCUGGCGGAGGAGAAGCGUGUCUCUGCGGCGCCCCCCCCCCCGCCCCCUGUACGUCAGUAAGAUGAGGACGCUAUUUCCAUUCUGUUGUCUCUUCCUUAUCUCCGGCGGAGCCAACGGGAACCGAACCCUCGACAGCAGCAACGACACCGACCUGACGGCCGGCGGCAGCAGCAGCUACAUCGCCAUCGGCGACGGGUCAUCGCAGGAAUUCGAGUUUCCUGAAAACACCAAGGGCGUGAUAGUAAUCUCCAGCCAGUACCGGAGCGCCGCGGCGAGCAGGAAGGGCCGCCAGAGCUGGAAGCAGACGGUGACAGUCCGCUCCCUGGACCCGGAGGUCCUCUCCAUACUCAAUGUGACGGAUAGCGGCCACGCAGGGCCAGCCAGGAGCUACAUUAUCAGCAUCCGCUCCGGGUUUCCGGGCAGGGCGCAGUUGCAGAUCCAGCUCUUGGACCUGGACCAGGAUUCGGCGCCUGUUCUGAUCGAAGAGAGGACGGAUUACUCCAUCAGAGUGGCGCCGGGUGAUGAUGACCCGGCGACCCGGCUCGCCCAGUCGGGUGGCCUGUCCCAUUUCUCGGAGAACCCCGUGCUGUUUGCCUUGCUGCCCCUCAUCUUCGUCAACAAGUGUGCAUUCGGCUGCAAAGUGGAGGUGGAGGUUCUGCGGGGUCUGCUGAAGAGGCCCGUGCCACUGCUCCUAGGGGUGCUGGGUCAGUUCCUGGUGAUGCCGCUGUAUGCCUACUGUGUAUCCCGGCUGGCCUCGCUGCCCAAAGCGCUCUCCCUGGGCCUGGUCAUCACCUGCUCUGCCCCGGGUGGGGGGGGCGGCUACCUGUACAGCCUGCUGCUGGGAGGAGACGUCACCCUGGCCAUCUCCAUGACCCUGGUGUCCACGGUGGUGGCAGCAGCCGCCAUGCCUUUGUCAUCGGCUCUGUAUGGCCGGCUCCUGGGCGUGCACGCUGCCCUGCACGUGCCGUUUGUGAAGAUCCUUGGCACCCUGCUGUUCAUCGCCAUCCCCAUCUCGCUGGGCAUGCUGGUCAAGCUGCGCCUGCCCGCCCUCACACGCGUCCUGCUGGCACUGAUACGACCCUUCAGCUUCGCGCUCAUCGUGGGUGGCAUCUUCAUGGCCUACCAAAUGGGCGCGUCCAUCCUGGCCAACGUCAAGCCCCAGAUUGUGGCAGUAGGGGUGACAGUGCCUUUGCUGGGGCUGUUGGUCGGGGCCAUCAUGGCCAAGUUGGCGGGCCUGGCCCCAGCGCUGAGGAAGACGGUCAGCAUCGAGGUGGGCGUCCAGAACAGCCUCCUGGCACUCGCCGUCAUGCAGCUGUCCUUCCGCCGGGAGGAGGCUGACUUUGCGUCCCAGGCCCCCUUCAUCGUGGCCCUCAGCAGCACCUCGGAGAUGCUGCUCAUAGUUCUGGGCUACUACACCCAGCAGAGGCUCUGUGGAUCCGUCGUCCCCAGGAGUGACGCCUGAUUGUAGCCGCAGUUUUUCUUUUGGUCUGUUCUGAACUUUUUGAAGAACCAAGUCUUUUUAAACCUGUGGAAUUUGUGUGUCCCAGUUUUGGCUCCAGGACACACACCGGUUACCAGUCCAGCCAUCACUGUCGGUGGUACACAGGACAGUCAAUGGACUUUUUUGUGUUGUUUUCGUAUUUUUCAUGAAAACCAAAGGCCUUUUACCCCCUUCUGAGACCUGUUUUGAGUUUAUUUUACAUGAUGUACUUUUUAAAAUCAGAUUAUACUGUGAGGUACUCAAUGUAAAUAUUCCUAGGAAGAGACAUACCUAUAAAAGAAAAGAUAUUUUUGUACCAGAUUACUUUUGUAAUCAAAAAGCAAAGAUUGAUUUGCAUCCUGUUUACAAGAGGUCCAUGUGUCUUAGCCCAGGGGAGAAUUUGGGGGUUUAAAUGGAAUAGUUUGGGAAUCAAACAGGAACAUGAUGAUUAUGAAAGUAUUUGCUACUGAUUGUGUUUCCUGGAUCUACGAAUCCAUGUACUUGAAUAUGGGAGAGGA